UCACAUACAACUCCAAGUAUUUCAUAUAUUUUACGAAAUAUCUCUUCAUAUUCAACAAAAGAAAGAAAAUGGCUCGAUCAAUAUCUGCCAUUUUCUUCUUCUUAAUGCUCGUAUCAAUGGUUACAGCCACAGCUCCUGGAAGUUCUUUAACGGCUGCCCCCGGUGGCCCGGUAAUUACUCCACCUGGAAUUGCUAACAAUCCGAGCCAUUCUCAUUGCUCUGAUGAUGAAAUUAAGCAAUGCAAAAAUCUACCACAUGUUUGUCCCAAAUUCUGUCCUAAUGGCUGCAUAACUGAGUGUCAAUCUUGCAAACCUAUUUGCAUUGAUGGCCCAACCCCACCUCCCUACACCCCUCCAACUACCCCAACCCCACCUCCCCACACCCCUCCAACUACCCCAACCCCACCUCCCUACACCCCUCCGAGUCCAACUACAUCUCCAAAGAAGGUUAAGUGCAAGAACAAGAGUUACCCAAAAUGUUAUAAUCAACAACAUACAUGCCCUACCACUUGCCCUGGCACUUGUCAAGUUGAUUGUGUCUCUUGCAAACCUGUUUGCAGUUGUGACACUCCAGGAGCAGUUUGCCAAGAUCCACGUUUCAUUGGAGCAGAUGGAAUUACCUUCUAUUUCCAUGGCAAGAAGGACAAAGAUUUUUGCCUGGUUUCAGAUUCUAACCUCCACAUCAAUGCCCAUUUCAUAGGAAAACGAAAUGAGAACAUGAAGAGAGAUUUUACUUGGGUUCAAUCCAUUGGUAUCCUUUUUGGUACUCACAAGAUUUCUGUUGGGGCACUUAAGACAGCAACAUGGGAUAAUGCCAAUGAUCGCCUCUUCCUCAACUUUGAUGAUGAAACUAUUGUUCUUCCCGACAACGAAGGCGCAAGGUGGGAGUCAGAAACUGGACCAACAGCCUCCAUUACUCGAACCAGCAGCACCAACGAAGUCGUGAUCGAAGUUGAAAACAUUUUCAAGAUUACAGCCAAGGUGGUGCCAAUUACAGAGAAAGAAUCCAAAGUUCAUAACUAUGGCAUAACACAAGACGAUUGCUUUGCUCAUCUUGAGCUUGGAUUCAAGUUUUUGUCACUCAGUGAUGAAGUGAGUGGUGUUUUGGGCCAAACUUAUAGAAGGAACUACGUGAGCAGAGUUAAAAUGGGUGCUUUGAUGCCGGUAAUGGGAGGUGACAAAGACUUUGCAGCUUCAGGACUUUUUGAAGCUGAUUGCUCUGUAGCUAAAUUUCAAGCAGAAGAAUCUUGGAAUGAGGAUUUGUUGAAUUUGGAGCUGCCUAGCUUGAGAUGCAACAGUGGGAUUUAUGGACGUGGAGUUGUUUGCAAGCGCUAGAGUUUCUUGAUUGAGCAUUGUUGCUAAUAACUGACUAAAGAUUUCUAAAGAGAAUAAGGUUAGAAACCAUGGGAAUGUAACAAGAACUAUUGCUCAAUGGAAAAGUAUUAAGUUGGGCGAAAAAGAAUUAUAUUGUAUUAAACUUCUUCCUCAAAUCAAAUAAGAUACGUUGUUUUUCUCUUUUA